AUGAGCUCUCGAGGGCAAAGGCAUGCCACUCAGUUAUUCUCGGUUAUUACUGGUUACAAUGAUAUCUCUUACGGACCGGCCUCGGUCGGGUGCCAUAAUCGCGCAGCAGUAUGAUUGAAGCUAUCCGUAGCUACUCACGCGUAUCUCGCGUUCCUUGAUCUUAUGAGUUGUACAAUGCAGAAGCGUCCAACAAGAACUCGAGCCCUGGCAGGAUUUGCGCUUUGCAGACGCUUUCAGCAUCCGAGCACUGUUCCUACUAUGUACUCCGUACUGAUACUGGCAGUCAAUCAGCCACAGCCUCCGCUCAGAAAAUUGUAUAUAAUUGUUUUCCCCCUUAUAUUCUACCUAUGCACAACAACCAUCCUAUUUUAUAAUAUCUCUACAGCUCGCCACCGUAAUCAUGAUAGGUCCUUUUACAAAAUCCCAAGAAGCUGCCAACUAACCCAAAUGCGGCUAGCCCCGCUCACCGCCCGGUCCCACCGCUAUCGAGAUUUUCUUCCUCUCCGGGCAGGCAAAAAAAAGUCAUAUUCUUCACUAUACACGAUUAACUCUGCAACACGGCAGUGAUCCUUUGAGUGAGCCAUUUUUAUAUUCAUUUUCACGGGAAAGAAAACGAAAACAUCAUCAUGCCUGCAGGAGAAGAGCCCAAUGCCGCCUGGCCCAUCGCCGACGAGGCCUUGACCCAGAACUUGCUGGA